AUGGCUCCAGCGCCAAUGAUUCUGAGCAAGCUCGGUCUGGGUCUUGCCGGCGCUGCUGGCCUCUAUGCCGUUCUUUUGGGAGUCCUCCUGACUCCGCCAAUGCAGAGAUUGUAAGAUCAAAUAUCGCAGAGAGACUGAAAAGCCCUACUGACCGACCACCAGUGCUCUUUAUGCCCACUACUUCAAUACUCUUCUUCGCGGAGAUGAUCUGAGCGAUGGAGAAACUUUCGGAUUCGCACAUAAUCAAGUCACGCCUUUCAAUAUCCAAACGUCGGAUGGUGAGACUUUGUUCGCGUGGCACGUCUUGCCUCUCGACGCCUACGCCCGAAACGAGAGGAGAAUUCGCGAAGAGAAACGGCCUGAUCGGAGACCUGUCGAUGAUGUGACGAAGUCGGAGGCGUUCAAGCUGUUGACAGACGGCAACGCGAGGGUCGUUGUGAGCUGUACGUAUCUCGCGAUACUCCGAUGAGACGAAGUUCUUCCUAACGAGGGGAUGACCAAGAAGUUCACGGCAAUGCUGGACACUUGGCGCAAAACUUCCGUACCGUCACGAAUCGCUUCAUGACCACUCAGCCGAACACUCACGUUCUGACAGUCGAUUACCGGGGCUUCGGACAUUCAACCGGUUCUCCGACGGAAGCUGGACUGAUUGCGGAUGGAAUUGCGGUUGUCGACUGGGUACUGAAUGUGGCAAAUAUCUCUCCGGAGCGGAUUGUAAUUCUUGGACAGAGCCUGGGCACGGCGGUUGCGAGUGCCGUGGCUCUACAUUUCGCGAGUCCUGGCAAUGAGCUGAUACCUGGGAGUUCGAAGGAGCUUCAGCCUGUGUUGAAAGCUGACCCGACACCGAAGCCUCUCAUAUUCAAGGGCGUGAUACUCGCUGCGCCAUUCAAUUCGGUCCCAUCGCUACUGCUGACGUAUCGCAUUGGGGGCAUGCUGCCGCUUCUGCUCCCGCUGCGUCCUGUGCCCUGGCUGGCGAAUAUCCUGACGGCACAGAUGUGUGACAAGUGGCUGACCGCUGAACGCCUCACGGCGUACUAUCACUCUCUCGAAAGCAGCUCCAAGCUUCGAAGUCGUUCAGGGAGCAUGGGAGCUCUGCAGAUUGUACAUGCCGUCAAUGACGCAGACAUACCUUACCAUCAGACAGAGAUGAUAUGCCGACGAAUAUUGGGAAGGAGAGAUGCUCAGAGUGCUUUGGAGCCGAGAGAGAUCGAUGCUAAGGAUUGCAUUGAUGGCAGCAAAGGCGCGGCUGUGUUGGACGUCAAGAAGGAGAACAUGCCUAGACUGAGGUUUGAGCUCGUAAAAUAUGGUGGUGAGUCAAACUUGCAAAUCAUCAAGACCAUGCUUGCUAAUAUAUUUCUCAGGGCAUAACAGAAUCAUCACGUACAGCCCAGUGGCUGUCGCAGUUCUCAGAGCGUUUGAUGACCUCUUUGAGUAG